AUGACCAAGGCAGACGUUGAAUGUAUUGUCAACGAGGGUAAGAUUUGGAGAUGCCCACCUUGUUCCAAGUUGAGGAGGCAGAGUAUGAGUGCUGUGUCUUCUGCUGAGGAUGGCAAUGCCAGCAUAUCACAAGUGAUAUUUAUGCUAGAGGAGGCCAGAGAGGAUAGGAAGCAAAUGGAGAGGGAAUUUAAUGCUUCUUUCGAGUUUGCAAACAGUAAGAUUGACGACCAGACUAAUACAAUUACUAAUCAAACUUUGAAAAUAAAUGAGUGCCUUAGAUUAAUUGAGGACUUGAAAAAAGAGAAUGCAAGCCUUAAGAGGAAAGUUUGUGACUUGGAGACACGGCUCGAAGAUGCUGAACAGAGAGAGGACAAGUUCUCGGUGGUGGCGAGGAGAAAGGUUAAGCGUAAUUUAUCGACGCAGGACCUUGGAUUCCAGCAGCAGGCAGUAGUCUACAUCAACGAGAGUCUAAGUCCGGCGCGGAGAAGAAUUUUUGCAGCUGCCAGGGAGGCUAAGAAGAAAUAUGACUACGCUUAUCUGUGGGUGCAGAACGGGAAGAUACUAAUGAGGAAGGAGCAGGGUAAACCGAUUGUGAAAAUAACGUCGUUGAGUGAUCUUGAUAGACUGUAA